AAAUCUGUAUGUAUUUAAAUAUUUUUAUAUUGAAAUUGCUUGGAGUUGCUGGUAAUGCGAAUGAAAAAAAGCUUCGAGUACAAAGGGAUAGAUUAGCAAAGGCAAAAAAGCCUGGUGUACCAAUUUUUAUUUUACUUUUUUGUCAAUGUAGGUGUGUAGGUAUGUAUUUAGUUCUCGAAAGAAGCAAACAUUCGCAUUAUUUUAAUUAUACAGAUGUUUUCACCAUUCUUUGCCCAAGCUUAUUGCCUGUGCGUGCAUAAAUUUGUUUUGGAGAAAAAGUUUCUCAACUUGAAAUGAUAGACCAUUCAAUCGACAUCGUUUAUUACCGUAAUUCCACAACAACAAUUAAUAGGUAAAAAUGUUAGCAACAAUAACUAAACCAAAAACUGUUUAAAGUGCAUAACUCGGCAUUUAAAAAUGACCUCGAAAUAUUUUUAUUUACAUAUGUUAAUAUUUUUAACGCUUCUGCAAUUGCUCAUUGCCAAUGAUGAUGAUGGAAUUCGACGAGAUUUAGAGGAUGUAAGAAAUGAACGCUCUUGCCGCCGUUGCCUUGGAAGGCUGCAGCCUUCGGGUUUGAUUAAACAGUUGAAGACCUUGAGGCUUAAUAGGCGUUGGGAAAAUGAACGGGAGUUUCGCAAGGGUAUACGUUUUAAAUACUAUAGGAAUGGUGAGAAAGUUUACGAGAGCGCAAGCGAUGAAACCAAAGCCUUGUCCAAGUCUGGCUGUUCGACGGAUGAUAAAUUUGCAUUCAUAUUGCAUGGCUGGCAUCAAAGUUGUGAAACCGAAUGGGUGCUCACACUCAUUGAACGACUCACAUACCAUCGCGGUGGUUGCAUAGUAUGCAUAGACUACGAAUUUUUCGCCCAAGACUCUUACAUGUGGUUAUAUAGAAGUUUUCGCAGGAUAUCCAAUAUUAUUACAAAGAGAAUACUACUUUUGAUCAACGAAGGCUUCAAUCCGGACAAUGGCUACAUGUUUGGUUUUAGCUUCGGCGGGCAGCUAGCAUCAGCUAUCGGACGGAGUUUGAGCAAACGCUAUCUCUUUCGCAGCAUCGAUACUUGUGAUAUGGCUGGUCCUGGCUUUGAUGUCUUCACCAACACCGAUCAUCGUGAGGCUGCCCGCCAUGUACAGUGUUUGCACUCUAGUCGCGACAAGGGCACACGCAUCUAUACUUGCCAUCAGAAUGUCCGGUUGGGCAGUUGCGGACAUUUUCAACCAGCUGAAACUAGUCAACCCUACUAUAGCAGCCAUGGCUUAUGCGUUCAAAUUUAUAUAAAUGCAUUCGAUUAUCCUUUCUAUGCGAUGCAAUAUGAGCCAACUUGGUGUGCGUCCAAACAGGCUGCCACAAAUAUACCGUACAAAUACACUAUUGGCUACAAUGAGACACCUGAUCCCAAUAUACGUGGCGAAAUUUUCGUACCAACUAGUCUACAUUUUCCUUAUAAUUUUUCUGAAAAAGAAAUGCUAAUGUUGGGAUUCUUCGAUGAAAAUGCGGAAAUCUAAAUUAACAAACCCAUUCGGUACAGGGCCACACAAAAAAUAUCUAACUGAUAAAUUAACCACAAAAAGGCACAACUUUUGACGGAGUAAAUUUUCAAUCACCAAAGUCAACGAGUUACAAAGUAAAUUAACCUUACAGAAAUUAAAAACAAAUAAAAAAACAUCAAUUUUAGCUCACGAAAAAACUGACAACACCGAAAAUAAA